CCACUCUACGACUCGAGACCAAACAUCGAGAAACCCCCCGACUCCAUUGUAGACGACCUGAGUGGAUGCGUUGACACACUCCAAAUUGGGGAAGAUUGCCACUCUACGGCUCGAGAUGAAACAUCGAGGAAACCCUCAACUCCCUUGUAGACAACCUGAGCGAAAUCACUGACAGGCUCCAAAAGAUUGGGGAAAGGUACCACUCUACAGCUCGAGACCAAACAUCGAGGACCCCCCUCGACUCCCUUGUAGACGACCUGAGCAGGUUCGUUGAUGCUCUCCGAGCUGUUAGGCGAAUCAUCAAACAUCAGUCUACACCAUUUCUGCCAUGUGAGGAUCAAAGAUGGGUGGGAAUCUAUGACUACGGAUGAAAAAUUAACCGCUCUCUUCAAAACGCCGGAAGAGAAACUCUGGGAGUUCGCUCGCGUGAUAUCGAAAUACGUACAAACCCUUCAACCACUUGAACCAACACGCGAUAUUCUCUGGCGUGUGAAAUCCGAUGAAGCUUUCCAAGACCAAUCUGGGUUGCCGGAACCCCUGAUCACCCUGAAAGCAUUCGAUGAACAUCUUAGCGUCCAACAUGUCAAGACCCCGUUUAAUUCAUUCUUCUCUUCCUGGGGUAGAGUGCUGAAGAGGAGAAAACGUUGCCCACACAGGGGGGCAACAAAUAUUCGGGUCAUUGCCUUAUGGACCGAAGGCCUCCCUGUCUAUGAUGCCUACGCCAUCGCAGAAGCGCUACGGUACAGCAAUGACGAACAGGAGCCGAGAAGACAGUUGAGCUACAUCAGCGAUGAGUGGCUGAUGGCGAAUGCUGACUGUGACUACACAGAGUCCGGGCGGGUCACUGCUGUGUUCGAUAGAUGCGGCGAGAAUCGAACGAUGGAAUUAUGGGGUCCCGGUAAGCAUCCUAAACCAGUGAAUGUAGCUGCUGGGAUGCUGGGAAUGCCAGGAGAGAUGUUAAGGGGGAAUCUUAAGAAUAUUGUGCAUAUGCGCACUGGUUUGACUGAGGAUAGCGCACAGUUCAUCUGUUUGGAAAGUUCUUCUUUGGAAGUAUAAGACAAUGGAUGACUAGCGAUGACAGUUAUGACUAUUUCAAACGAUCUGUCUGUCUAUCUGGUGGCUUCAUUGAGAUAGUGAACUGAUUUUGAACAUACUUGAUUUAACCGUACAAUCAUUCCAUCUCCAAAACAGG